AUGCGGCUCCUCGGGAAACUCCGUUCUUCCGCAGCAGGCAGCACCGCUUCGGAGCCUGCCUUCUCCAACGUGCUCACUCCGGGACGCAUCCCUGAGUUCUGCAUCCCGCCGCGGCUGCCCGUGCCCUGCCCGCCUGAGUGUCCUCCCCCGGCCGCCGCCCUGCCCCGGAGGUGCGCCACCGAACCCGACCUGUGGCCCGGCACACCCGACGAGGCCGCGGGCCGCACCGACUGGGACCCGCGCUCGCAGGCCGCGCUGUCGCUGCCGCACCUGCCCCGCGCGCGCACGGCCUACGGCUUCUGCGCGCUGCUCGAGAGUCCGCACACGCGCCGCAAGGAGUCGCUCUUCCUCGGAGGCCCCGGCGCCGCCGCGCUGCCGCGGCCGCCCCCCGCCCGGCCCGCGCCGCGUCCCCGGGCCCACACCUACGGCGGCGGCAGCGGCCCCCGAGCUCAGGACACAGCCCCCGCCGCCACCCCCGUGGUCCCCGGCCGACCCCGCCGCCGCCGCCUCCUGCGAGCCCCCGACGGGCUGCUGAGCCGCGCGCUGCGGGCCCGGAGGUGUCGCGGCCUGGCGCGCGCCCGCUGCGUCUCCAGCGGGGACGAGGACGAGGAGCGCGGCGCCGGCUCGGAGGCCCCGGCCGCGGUCCCCGCCGCGUGCUUGUUGCCGCCACCGGGCCCGCGGCCCGAGCGCCUGAAGGCCGAGGGCACCGUGGCUCUGGGCCGCGCCGGCGGCGCCCUGCUCCUGGCCGCCGAGUACUGUCCGGCCAGCGGGCGCCUCUGCAUCCGGCUGCUCGGCGCCGAGGGUCUGGCUGGGGGCGGCCCCGAGCCCCGCGCCGUGGGCUGCCGCCUCAGCCUGGUCCUGCAGCCGCCGGGCACGACGCGCAAGCGGCGGAGCGCUGUGGGGGGACGCAGCCGCAAGGCCGCCUUCGACCAGGACUUCUGCUUCGACGGGCUCACCGAGGACGAGCUGCGCCGCCUGGCCGUGCGCGUCAAGGCCGAGGGCAAGGGCCGCGGCCUGGAGCGGGGCCGCCUGCUGGGCCAGGGCGAGCUGCCGCUGGGCUCCCUCCUGCUCCUCUGA